GGCCUAGGAUAGAUAUCCUGGCUUGUUGAGGGAAUCUUCAGAAGGAGGACAUCGGCCAUGUGGUCCCUCUGGAGUCUUCUUCUCUGUGAAGCGUUCCUCCCCACUGUGGUUAUCAGUGUCCAGGUGCUAAGCAAGGUGAGGGACUCCGUGCUGCUGGCCGCAGAGUGUCCUUCAGGCUUCCAGGUUCGGGAGGCCAUCUGGCGAUCCCUCUGGCCAUCGGAGGAGCUCCUGGCCACGUGUUUCCGGGGCUCCUUGGAGACUCUGUAUCACUCCCGUUUUCUGGGCCGAGUUCAGCUACAUGACAACCUCAGCCUGGAGCUUGGGCCCCUGGAAACUGGAGACAGCGGCAACUUCUCUGUGCUGAUGGUGGAUACAGGGGGUCAAACCUGGACCCAGACCCUGCACCUCAAGGUCUAUGACACAGUGCCCAAGCCCGAGGUUCAAGUGUUCACCGCCGCAACAGGGGAAGCUCAACCCCUCAAUACCUGCCAGGUCUUCUUGUCCUGCUGGACCCCCAACACCAGUGACAUAACCUACAGCUGGCGGCGGGAGGGCCCGAUGGACUUUGACCGUGAACCGCACAGCCUUUUCUCAAGUGGACAGGUGUUAAGUGUCUCCCUGGGACUGGGAGACAAGGAUGUGGCCUAUACCUGCAUUGCCUCCAACCCUGUCAGCUGGGAUAUGGUCACAGUCACUCCCUGGGAGAGCUGCCAUCAUGAGGCAGCCUCCGGGAAAACCUCCUACAAGGAUGUGUUACUGGUUGUAGUGCCGAUCUCACUGUUCCUGAUUCUGGCUGGUCUCCUUGGCGCGUGGCACCGUGGCCCCUGCUCAGGUAGGAGGAAGAAGAAGGAUGCUUGCACUGACAGAGUGGUUCCAGAGACAGAAAAUCCCCCUGUAUAGGGUAUCAUGAGGGACAGCAUAAACUGGUACUUGUGUCAUGAUGAGACACCCUGCCCAGCCACAUGAUGCUCCACACUGGGAAACUUCCAGGGUCUUCAUAACUUCCUCAAGUCUCCAGUCUGCCUCUACUGAACGAACAGCCAAGGAACAUCCUGGAACACCAUCAUGCAGGCCUGAACUUCCUCCUUCCCCUUGGCACAUGUUCCAUGUCCGGGCAAGGUGGACUAAUAGCAUGCUUCCUUAAGAACACUGGACAUUCUCUAGGAUCCACAGGGACAUUGCUUACCCAAAGCAUUUGUUCUUCUGCCAUUGUACAUAAGGUACUAUCCAACUACCAAGGGACUGUCUUCAGGCCAAGUCCUGGGCCCUAAGAGCUAUCAGAUGUUUGAACUAACAGGGAAAUUAAGCUAACCACUGCCAAC